CUUAUUAGGGUCAAGGUCACUGUAGUACAGAACGACACUAAGAAAUGUUUUGAAAGCACGACACUAGUUGUAACACGCAUGUACAGAGAAAUAUUAAGGUGAUAUGCAUGUGACAGAAUUCCCCAGUGAAAGAUUGUUUCAAAUAAUCAUAUGGAAAGGUUUUUAACCAUGUAUAAAGCUGAGAAAAAAGUGAACUUUUCCAAUCUUGUUUUGUUAGUAUUUAUAAAACAUACAGCACCUGUAAGUACUGAGACCCCUCAUAUAUAGUGUGACUUACUUUUCAUGACAUAAUGAAAAAAAAAUGAAAUAAUUAAUUACGGUAAUAACUUUUUCAGAUUAUCUUUUAAUUAUACAUCACAGGAAAAAAAAAUGGUUGAAAUAAAACAAUGAAUUUGGCUCAAAUUACAUUCGAACUUUCACAAUUAGAAGAUAAUUUUUCUUAUUUCUAAAUGUUUCUUAUGAAAUUCAAAUGAAUCAAUAUUUGAAAAUAAAUUUAAAAAAAAGAUGAAAAAAUAGACACUCAAAUGGAUUUACUAUUUAGAUUUUUAAACAUUUCUGUUAAAGUUUUGUGUGUUUAACCCAUACAAUAAAAUUCAGAACAGAGGGCAUCUGACUGUCCAUAUUGGUUGAAUGCAUGUGUGUGUUUUCCUUGAAAUGCAUGUUGACACCAUCAGAAUAAAGAAAGAAUCGAAGUGCAGGAACCACAACGUUACCAGAAGGCACUACAAGAACGGAAAAAACUGGAAACACGUCUCAAAUCUGAUACAAAUGGUGAUACUAGGAAUGAAAAUGCUAAGGUAGAGGGCAGUGAAAAAUGGUCUAAGAACUCUUUUAGCACAAGCAUAGAAGUGCGACGAAUAUCAGAGGAAGGAAAGGCAGGCAAACUCAAAUCUUUCUUUGAAACCAAAGAGGACGCAACACCUAAAAUGAAUGGCCAUACACCAGUGCCGGUUAAACGUCAAAAUUCAAUCCAGAGUCCAUCGGUAGAUGGCAUGGAGGACAAUCCACUGAACCUCGUACAGGAACAGUUGGUCAAGUUUGAAACUAGCAUGCACCUGCAUAACACGCCAAGGGUAGAGCCAAAGAAACACAGAGAAAUUGAAAUAAAAAUAAUAGCACAGGGACCAGACAGAUUGAAGGAUAUACAGAAAAAAUUCCAAGGCGAGAAAACUAUGGUAAAUGGCAACUCACCAAGACUUGGAAAAUUCAGUUCCAGUGAACAACACAUCAAUGAAAAGACAGACUCCUGGAGAGAUAAUCGUGCCGUGCUAGGUCGCUGGCACCAUGAUCAAACAGACAAUGACUUGACUAAGAGAACUUUCCGUUCCACUUCAACAAUUUCAUUAAAUACAGAGAUUAGUGCCAGUGAACAAGUGAGAAGAAAAAGUGAAAAGAUAUCUCUGCUAACUGCUAGAUUUAACAGUGUUGAUAGCCCUAAAGGGGAGGUAACUUCUCCUUUGUCUCCAAGAGACGGGUCAUCGUUGCGACGAAAGUGGUCUUUGUCGUCAGACACUUCGUCUGACACCACGGAUAGCGUUGUGACAAGAUGGCGGGCAAGGAAUUCUGUUUCAAAAUUGACAGAUAGGUGGCAGCAUGAUCAAACCGAUUAUCCUAAUUCAAACUUUUCAAGACAACGACCUCAGUCUUCCCUAUCACCAGAACACAAUAAAGAAAAUAGACUACCUACUGUUCGAAGGUCAAACAGUUUAAACUUGGACAGGAGUUAUACAGGUCGUCUGGUAAGUUAGGUCAACAAAAAUACAAAGAUGGAGGUUAAGGACAAUUCUAGUGAAAAUGUCUCUGCUAAAAUGACCUAAUCUAAACUAAAUCACUUCCCAGAGGCUUUGACCAGCUCAUUGCAGUUCAGAUUGUCCAAGGACCUUAUCAUCAUCUUAAUUGUUGCAUUUUUCCCUCGGAAAUUCGAAAUCCUAAAACAUGAAAAAUAUAAUAAAAAUUGAUGUUUUUAAUGUUUUACCUUAUUG